AGAUGUGAGGUCCUUUUAAAACUGGUUGGUUUCUCAUCCCCUUUUAUGGAGGAACAAAAAAUAUUCUCCAUCCCAAAUUGUAUACCACAUUUCUUGAUCGUUGCGAUUUCCAGAUAUCGUUCCCGCCCCGUCCACAGAUAGGGCUUUUCUUCCUCCUUUCAUACCAUGUCUAAUUCUCUUCUAAAACAAUACAUUAAUUAACCUUCCCUGCAUCCCUCGCUGCAAAGAAUGCCUAAUUGGUGGCAGGGUGCCUUCACCUCCAUCUCCAAAUCGCAAUCCCGCGAUGACAGUGUCAUCCCCUCCACCAACGGGAAACCCGGCUUCUUCUCCUCCCGCCGUCACCGCAUCCUCACGCGCGCCAAGAAACUGCUGCAGCCCCUCGACGCCAUUGAUGUUGGCUCCCCCGAAAAGUUCCGGAACCAGUCCGUACGUCCCGCAGCGCCAGCAGCGGCGUCGCCUCUGCCGCUGCCGCUGCCGGAACUGCAUGUCCUGCUGCAGCGCGACCCCAAAUUACACACCUCCACCGCCUCGACCUCCGGCAGCGUGCCCCUUCCAUCGCCGGAUGUCAUUAAAGUACAUAGACUAUGUGACGAUAAGGAGAGGGAGACGGCGGAAGCAACCAACGGCGAAGCCGUCGACGGACAUGAUGUUGAUAAGAGGAAAUUAGUAGGUGAAGGAUCCAGAAGAUAUAGUGAGGUUCAACAACAAUGCAAAAAAUCCCCACACAACAAGACAACAUCCAUGGAGAGCUAUGGCAACAACCCAUGCACAAGCACAAGCAGCGCGCCGUGCAGCCCGUUUUCAAGCACGGAGUUGAGCCCGGCGAGGAAUGAUAUGUGGGGAGCUUACUACCCGACCACAACCGCCGGGCUGUUCCUAGUGUGGUCGGCACCGGAGACGUCGGAAGCACAUCACAAGCAUGCAACUAGCUUCGACGCUUCUCCUCUCCCAAGCCCCGUGCAUCCCUUGCCCCUUCCUCCCUCCGUCUCCAUGCCCGCCUUCCCCACUCCAAUAUCACCCGUUGGCUUCGUCCCCGACCUCUCCUCGUUGCCUCCGCAGUCCAUGCCGGUAUCCCUGCAAGCAGCUAAGAAUGAUUUCUUGGCAGCCCCGGAGCCCAUCAAAUCAAAAUGGCAGAAGGGGAAGCUCAUAGGCAGGGGCACCUUUGGAAGUGUGUACGUAGCUUCCAACAGAGAGACUGGAGCCUUAUGCGCGAUGAAGGAAGUUGAGAUGUUACCGGAUGACUCCAAAUCUGCAGAGUGUAUACGCCAGUUGGAGCAGGAAAUUAAAGUUCUGAGCCGGCUGAAGCAUCCGAAUAUUGUGCAGUAUUAUGGCAGCGAAAUAAUUGGUGAUAAGUUUUAUAUCUAUCUUGAAUACGUCCACCCAGGUUCCAUCAAUAAAUUCAUCCAUGACCAUUGUGGAGCCAUUACAGAAUCUGUGGUUCGCAAUUUUACUCGCCAUAUUCUCUUUGGAUUGUCUUAUUUGCAUGGGAAGAAAACUAUACACAGGGACAUUAAAGGUGCCAACUUACUUGUUGAUGCAUACGGAGUUGUGAAGCUUGCGGAUUUUGGGAUGGCGAAGCAUCUUAAAGGACAAACAGCGAAUUUGUCCCUCAAGGGUAGUCCAUAUUGGAUGGCUCCAGAGCUUUUGCAAUCCGCAAUGCAAACAGAUGCUAGUUGGGACAUGGCGUUAGCAGUUGAUAUAUGGAGUCUGGGCUGCACGAUCAUUGAGAUGAUGAAUGGAAAGCCCCCUUGGAGUGAGUAUGAAGGGGCUGCAGCGUUAUUCAAAGUUCUAAAGGAGACUCCACCGGUGCCAGAAACAAUGUCAGCAGAGGGUAAGGAUUUCUUGCAAUGUUGCUUUCGCAGAAAUCCAGCCGAUCGACCAACGGCUAUUAGGUUACUAGAUCACCCCUUUGUCAACUACUCUAAUCUGCCGGAUCCUUGCACCCAAUCAAAUAAAGAGAUUAAGGAUAAUAUGCAGUUUCUGAGAGACCGCACUAGAUAUCAACCGGAUCAGGUGCCUCUGCCUGUUGAAUCGGCUCACACCAAUAAGGGGAAAUUAUUAAGUAACAACUUGAGCUUCGCCGUUUACGAAUCGUUUACUCCAAUGAGAAUCCCGAAUGCAGCCAUCUCCAAAUAUCCCAUUUAGCUGCUGCAGUUUCUUGUCCUCUCGUUCUUGGCGACGCUUCCUACUCUACCCCCUAAUAAGUUAGGGAGGAUGCAUGGUGUCCAAAUACAAAGUUGCAUGGCAAUAAAUUAAUGUCGUCGUUGUCGCCGCAUGAUUUUCUUUAAUGCUUCAUGCCCAUAUCCACUGCACCGUGAAUGUGGAAUUAAUGUAGCUAUACCCUUGUUGUACCAUGUAGAGCCAAAAAAGAAAAAAGGUCAUGAGGUCGUUUAACCUCGAAAGGUGUAAUUAUGUAAUUUUUGUGUAAAUCUUUUUAUUUUUAUUU